AAAUCAGCAACCAGAAGACAGAAAUCAGCAACCAGAAGACAGAAAUCAGCAACCAGAAGACAGAAAUCAGCAACCAGAAGACAUAAAUCAUCAACCAGAAGACAUAAAUCAGCAACCAGAAGACAUAAAUCAGCAACCAGAAGACAUAAAUCAGCAACCAGAAGACAGAAAGCAGCAACCAGAAGACAGAAAGCAGCAACCAGAAGACAGAAAUCAGCAACCAGAAGACAGAAAUCAUCACCAGCAGCCAGAAAUCAGACCAGAAGACAGAAAUCAGCAACCAGAAGACAGAAAUCAGCAACCACCAGAAGACAGAAAUCAGCAACCAGAAGACAGAAAUCAGCAACCAGAAGACAGAAAUCAGCAACCAGAAGACAGAAAUCAGCCAGAACCAGAAAGCAACCAGACAGAAACAAAGCACAAGCAGCAGAAGACAGAAAUCAGCAACCAGAAGACACAAAGCAGCAGCCAGAAGACAGAAAUCAGCAACCAGAAGACAGAAAGCAGCAACCAGAAGACAGAAAGCAGCAACCAGAAGACAGAAAGCAGCAGCCAGAAGACAGAAAGCAGCAGCCAGAAGACAGAAAGCAGCAACAUAAAUCAGCAACCAGAAGACAUAAAUCAGCAACCAGAAGACAUAAAUCAGCAACCAGAAGGCAGAAAUCAGCAACCAGAAGACAUAAAUCAGCAACCAGAAGGCAGAAAUCAGCAACCAGAAGACAGAAAAAAAAAAAAAACCUAA